AUGAAUAUUAUCACUUCAUCACCAUCCUUAUCACUAUCACCAUUAAUCCUAUCUUCACUCGUUUCCUCACCAUUAUCACUUUCACUGCCAUUAUCAUCAUCAUCAUCCUUAUCAUCAUCAUCAUUGACGUCAACAUCAUCACCAUCAUCAUCCCAGUCAAUAAAUCAUCAAACAAUAACGAAUCAGUGCGGAAAACGACAUAUAAUAUUGGAUUAUAAGCAUCCGGAAUACGUAAUCAGUUUUCCGGCUGCAUCAACCUCUGAUAAUACGGAUUAUAAGCAUUCAAAAGGAAGCAAUUUAGUAUCAGAGGAAAAGCAAAACGAACAAUUUCAACUUCCUUAUCCAUUGCAUUUGUAUAUUAACAAUGAUAUUUCAAUGUCUCAUUGUCAAUGGCUUAUUACAACUGAUUCAUAUCAUAGUAUUGGAGCAGAAAUUGAAGUUGACAAUGAAAGUAACUAUUUUUUGAAUAUUACAAACGAGAAUGGUCUUCGAAAAAAUUGUACGGCCAAAUUAUGUACCAUUAAAAGUGAUACCUCAGCUAUAUUAGUGCAAUUUCGUACCACAAACACUGAUAAUAUUCAAUCAAUCAGUCGUUUCUCGGCCAAAUUUGUCAUCUUACCCUUGUCAUCUGAUCAGAGUGGAGCUGCGAUAGUUGCUUUUUGGGUACUUUUGAUAACGCUUAUUGCCGUACUGAUCGCUUUUGCUGUGAUUAUCUAUUUGUAUUGCAUGAAGAAGAAAUUGUUAUUUUCUCAUUUUCUAACAAUUCUGAGGAGUAAAGGUCGUAAAAAUGGACGAGAAUCAAAGGAAAGGAAGAUUACUUUACCAAAUGGUACCUUAAUAACCUUGGCUUAUAGGCCAGGACAACAUGGUUGCAAUGUUACUUCAGCGCAAUCGCAAUUUAAUUCAUUUGAGCGUAUGCCAACAAUUGUGGAAGAAACUGAAAAUGAUAUCGAAUUACAAAUAUCAAAUCGCGAAUUAAAUGAUCCAUAUAGAUAA